AUGUACAGUACGGUGGGUUUUGUGGUCUUCUUGACGGCAUGUCUUCCGUAUGCCACCGCCCUCAAGGUCGCGCUCGCCAUUCCAUCCACCGUCUUCUGCCUGUGGCUUUCUUUAUUGACCACUUGCAAGGACGACGACCCUGAUGAACCAAUGUCACUUCCUACUGGCCACUUUUCCAUCAACACAUCCUUCUUCCGGACGCGUUAUGACUUCAUCAAUCGCGGCUUCGAGCUUACGGGCCAGUCCAUAUACAAGUUCAAGCUUCUUCGGAAAACUGUCGUCGUCGUUUCCGGUGCACCCGGGAGGGCAGAUUUGUUCAACUCCAGAGACCUCGAUUUGACUGCGGGCUUCAAGGCUCUCUCUGGCGCUAUACCCAUGUUACCUGGUGUAACGACUGAUUUAGAUCCAAAACAGACGGCUACCAUUCAUAGACGCCUAGCGACCGCACAAAACAGCGAUCACUUAGAACGAUUGAUCCCCAAGCUCCUCUUUGACUCUUGCCGUAUCCUAGAGUCCUGGGGAGAAUCAGGUGUGCUCGACCCUUUCACCAAACUCCCUGAGCUGACCUUCCAGACCAACGUCCGCAGCCUCGCAUGCGCAGAGAUCGCCGACAACGCUGCGACGGUCGCCCAUCUGAAGCAGCUCUACGACACGCUGGAUGCCGCCACGACACCGACGAGCGUGCUGUUCCCGUGGCUGCCGAGUCCAAGCGCGAUCAGGCGCCUGCUCGCGACGAAGAAAAUAUACGACGUCAUCAGCGCCGCCGUCGACGUGCGCUCGCAGUGCGGACCCGCACAGGACGAUACGCUGCAGCUGCUGCUCGACAGCGGCGACGACAAGAUGACCAUUGUCGGGUUCACCAUGGGCCUCCUGAUCGCAGGUGCCCGCUCGACGGGGACGACAUCAUCCUGGCUGAUCACGUUCCUCGCGGGACACCGCCAAUGGAAGGACCGCACCGCACGCGAGCUGCACCAGCUCCUCGCCGAGCACGCGCUCUCCACCGCCCCUUCGACACCCCGCGCUCCUGCGCACACCGCACGCUCUCCUUCUCCGCCGCCGCUCGCCGACCUCGCCGCGCGCCUCGCCGCGGUCCCGCUCGCCGCCUGGGAGGCGCACACGCCCGUGCUGGACGCCGUGCUCCGCGAGACGCUGCGCCUCGCGCAGCCGCACACCGCGCUGCGCCAGAACUGCAGCGCCGCGCCGGUGCGCGUCGGCGGCGCGGCGGUGCCGCCGGGCGCGUUCGCCGUGUUCCCGUUCAGCGACGUGCACCUGAGCGCCGCGCUCUACCCGGACCCGUGGCGCUUCGACCCCGCGCGGCCGGCGAGCAAGAUGCCGUUCGCGUUCGUGGGGUGGGGGGCAGGUGCGACGGUGUGCCUCGGGCAGCGCCUCGCGAGAGUGCAGCUGAAGCUCGUCACGGCGCUCGUCGUUCUCGGCUUCGACCUCGCGCCGGUCGACCGUGCGGGCAGGGAACUCGCCGAGCUGCCGCGCCCGAACUGGAACGACGCCCUCGCGUGCAGGCCCGCCGACGGGUCGUGCUUUCUGCGAUACGAGCGCGCGUGA